AUGACUACAGAUUUUUCCACUCCAGAAAAAGAUCUUGCUGAUCUUAUCAAAGAGGCACCACAAACAGUUCAAAGAACUCAAAAUGAAUGCAUUUUUUCGUCAGAGCAUAAGAAAACCCAAUCAAGAGCAUCCCAAAGACGAUAUACCAAUAUCCGUCAAUCCCAAGCUCUUGAUGAAAUAUUGGCAGAUAAAAUUAUUGAUGAAAACUUGAUUGUUCAAGAAGGCCUUAUUGACUUUAAAUCUGGAAAAUUUCUGAAUUAUGCUGAAGAAACCUCUCCACAGCCUCCUCCAAAUCAUAGCCGAAAAAAUUCACACAGAAGAAGCAGCAGCAUUUGUGUCCUUAUGGGAGUUCCAGAUGAUCAAGUUUUAAAAGAAAUCACUCAACAAGUUGCAAAUGCCCCAGGACAGGCUACCGCAAUUGAUGAAAAUAAAUUAUUUGUAAAAAAUCAAAGCCCAAUAAGUACUGGAUCAUGCCAUGGAAGAAAUCUCAGUGAUUGUGACUCUGUGAUUUAUUUAGGACAUGGAGAAGAGCCUUCAAGAGAAAAAGAAAAUACCUUUAUAGAUUCAUUAGAGCAGACAGAUGAAUUAAAAUCAAAUUUUCACAAAAAAGCUCCGACAGCUUUUACUGCUUGUACAGCAAAGACAGAAAAAUAUGAUUCUAUAGCAUCAGAAGCUGGAAAAUUCCCUGAGAAAUCUUUUAUGAGAGGAAGUUUACCAAUAUUUGGAAACAUGCCAUGCACAGCUUAUUGCCAUUUUUGUAAAGAAGUUGUGCACACAACGUUAGAUUUCAAUGCAAAAAUCCCUCGGCCUUUAAUAAAAGUUUUUUCAACAAUUACUUCAUGCUGUAGAGUGCCUGAAUGGCUUGAUAAGCUACCUCAAUUUCUUUAAUAAAAAAUUAUUUUUUAAAAAUAAUUCAAAAUAAUUUUUUUUUAAAAAAAUUUUUUGAGUGGGUUAAGAAUGCAUAGGUGCCCUAAAUGUGCCCUUGUGUUAGCUAAGAGUAGGUAA